GGGGGUUAGAUUAUGUGGUGAGGGGGAUAAGAGCAGAACUCAAGACAGAGCUGAGGAAGGAGGAGAAAGCAAAUGAGGAGGUGGAGGAGAUUGGGCAGACAGUGUAUACACACACACACACACACACACACACACACACACAAAUACACACAGCAAAUCUCAGGAGUGAGCUAGAAUGGUGGGAGGCUGCUUUGAUCGUCCCUGGCUCGAUCCCUCUUCUCAGGCAGGACUUUGCAUGUAGGGGGCGCUGGGAGAGGAACCGUAUGUGGGAUUACAAUCCUCAGAGCCUUGUCUGAAUUCUGCAACCGAGCGCCACACUGCCUGCAUGACAGCCACAGCCACAGUCACACUCCUGGAAGAUUAGGUGUCACAGUAAUAGCGUCAUCGACUGCUGCCUGAUGAAUAAUCAUGCUUUUGGACCGGAGGAGGCAAAGCAGCAUUGGAAUUAAAAUGUGUAAAGAACAAACUGUACAAAAGAAGCACGGCCUCUAGAGAGAGAGAGAGAAAAAGAGAGAGAGAAAGAGAGAGACCCCUCGUGUCAGUGUCAUGGAUCACACAAGUCCAGACAGCCCCCACAGAUGAGAUGAUUAACAACAUGGAGGUGCUCAUUGGCAUCUAUUCCCAAGACCGUCCCGUCUCAAGAGGCGAACUCCUCAGGAUGCUAUUGACUGCUGCUGAACUGUCUGUUGUGUAAGAUCAGACUGUAAAGAAUGGGAAUUACAGCCUAAAUGACAUGUCCGCUCAAUACUGCGAGCUGGGCACACACUCAAAUGCAGUAUGUAGUGUGUGUGAAGCGUUUGACCUAUGAUUCGGGACAUGCAGUACAGAGACUCUGUCAGCAUGGAAGAGCAGACAUCCACUCUGAUUCACAUUUAUCAGAACAGCACCGAGCACUUCAACACUUCGUUUGACUUUAACUCCACAGGUCUAAACGAGAAUUCAAGCACCUAUGAGUUUUAUGUCAUUGGGCUUUUCCUCUCCUGCCUGUACACAAUCCUACUGUUCCCCAUUGGAAUUAUUGGGAACAUCCUCAUCCUGGUGGUUAACCUGAACCACAGAGAGAAGAUGACCAUCCCUGACCUUUAUUUCAUCAACCUGGCAGUGGCUGAUCUCAUUUUAGUGGCUGAUUCUCUCAUCGAGGUCUUUAACCUGAACGAGAAGUACUAUGACUAUGCUGUUCUCUGCACCUUCAUGUCUCUUUUCCUGCAAGUCAACAUGUACAGCAGCAUCUUUUUCCUGACAUGGAUGAGUUUCGACCGCUACGUGGCUCUAGCCAACUCCAUGAGCAGCAGACCGCUGCGCACCAUGCAGCAUGCCAAGCUGAGCUGCAGCCUCAUCUGGAUGGCCUCCAUCCUGGCAACCCUGCUGCCCUUCACCAUUGUGCAGACACAGCACACGGGCGAGAUCCACUUCUGCUUCGCCAACGUCUUUGAGAUCCAGUGGCUGGAGGUGACAAUCGGUUUCCUCGUGCCUUUCUCUAUCAUCGGUUUGUGCUACUCUCUGAUUGUGCGCAUCCUUAUGCGGGCUCAGAAGCACAGGGGCCUGUGGCCACGCCGACAGAAAGCCCUGCGCAUGAUCGUCGUGGUGGUGCUGGUGUUCUUCAUCUGCUGGCUACCUGAGAACGUCUUCAUCAGCAUCCAGCUGCUCCAGGGUCCUGAUCCUUCGAAGCGCAGCGCAACCACCCUGUGGCACGACUACCCUCUGACUGGACAUAUUGUCAACCUGGCGGCUUUCUCCAACAGCUGCCUGAACCCUAUCAUCUACAGCUUCCUAGGAGAGACCUUCAGAGACAAGCUGAGGCUCUUUGUGAAGCAGAAGGCCAGCUGGUCAGUGGUCUAUCGCUUCUGCCACCACACUCUGGACCUCAACAUCCCAGUUCGGAGCGAGUCUGAAGUCUAGGACCGAACGUAGUUCCACAGCUACUGGGAACGCCUCAUGAGAUUUGUUGCAUUUCUAAGAAGAACAAUCGGAAUGUUUUUUUUUCUAUUGAAAUUCCUCUGAGAAUGAAGUUGCUCUGAAACCGUAGAGCAGUAGGGUAGGAGUAGGGCAGAGAACGUAGGUGUAGCCACCAACUGACAGCGAUAUACAGAUUAUCUUAGAAAAGCAUUUGAAGGAGAAGCACCGUGUUUGCUUUAUUUCCUGCAGAGUGUAAUCUAUACGGAAAGCAAGGGAUUAUUCCUUCGCAAAGAUAUUAAUGGAAUGAAAAGUAAACGCAAAGCAGAGAUGAAAUAACGGAUCUGUUUUUUUAAAAGUAAACUUUAAAGAUUAAAAAAAAAACAUAUAAUGUUUCAAGGUGAUGACAUUUGUACUUCAGGGGGAUUGUGCUCAAUGAGUCCAUGGUAAGGGAACAAAUUAAAAAAAAAAA